UUCGUCACAGGCACCGGGGCGGCCUUGGGCCUGCAGAUGUCCGUGCAGAGGAGGCUGAAGUACCCCUUCCAGUGGACCGUCCUGGUGGCCGUGGUUGCAGGCUCCGUGGCCAGCUACUGGGUGACCCGCGUGGAGACCCAGAAGUGCAGCGACCUCUGGCUCUUCCUGGAGACGGGGAAGCUCCCCACGGACAUGGGCACAGAUCCGCGCACCUAGGAGAGCUCCAGCCAGGCGCACAGGACCUGGGCCCAGAGAGUUCUAGAACACAGCGCUCAGCACCUCGCACCCCAGGCUGGCCCUCCCCGCUCCGGAGGCCCUGCCCGCACCCUGGGGGCGCGUGGUGAGAGGACUCUGCACUCGGGGGCACGGACACUCCCUUUCGGGGCGCGCAUCCCCCAGGGCCAGGGGGACAGGUGCUGCUGGGCUGUGGGACUAAUAAACGCCCUGCUCUUCCUA